GUUUUUAGCCCAAAACCAUGCGACAAUUCACACUUAUCCUCACGACACUUUUUGCGAUUUUUCUCACUUUUCACUCAGCCCACGCCCGAUUUGAACGAGUUGGAUUUGUGAGUGACCCAGUCCAGCUACUCCUUCGUGACAGCUAUUCUUCCCUGCGAAAUAAGAUGUACAGUCAGAAGUUGGCCGGAUGGAAGAAGCCUGCGAGUUUUAGACAGAUCCGCAAACGAAAAUACACGGCGUUCCCUCCGACGUUCUACAGUAGCUUCGACAUCGGAGCCAUCCCUUUCAACAGCCGCCGAAGUGUUCUGCUACCGUAUAACGAUUUGCUGUUCUCCGGGAGAAAAUGAAAUACAUAGUAUUAUAUUAUUAUUUUGUAUUAUUUUUUGGUGGAAAAAAUAAACAUUUCAAUAUAUUUC